GAAAUUAUAAAAAAAAAAUGGAGGAGUGCACAACAGCGUCACACUGCUGAAGGAAACAAAAGGAGGAGAACUCAGACAAGUGAAAGAGAAUGAGUGAAGUUCGAUAGAGCAAUAAGCAGAUGUGAAAAACAUUUGAAACUCCACAAAUCAGUAUGCGUUAAUUUAUCCUCAAGAUCUGGAUCGAGUCGGUCUAAAUCUAAAUUGAUAGUACGGGAAAAAAGAAAACAUGACAUUUCAGGAUCGCUUUUGAAAAUGAUGCUUUGAAAAUACUUUUACUUCAAGUACAUAGAAGGGCGAAUAACCUGUGAGUAUAGAGAUAAAGGACAUUUAAAGGUCAGAGAAGAGAAGUCUGACCGAAGAUUUGUAGCGAUGGCGAGUUGGACUUUGACGGUGAUUGUCCUCCUAAGUAUCUUUAUGGCAAGAAGUCAGACGAAAGGAGAUCAAGACACUGCAUCUCGACAGAAUAAAGAUGCGAUUAAACAGCUGACAGAUUUCAAAGAGCGGACCUUUAUUCCAGGCAGCAGUGUGACUUUACAGUGUGGUAAUGUCACUGAUAUCAAAUGGAAUGAACUUAUUUAUAUUGUGUGGAACAUCAGCCUGCAAGGGAGAACAUGUUGGCUUGGUUUGGCACCCGAGCUGGACGACACAUGUAAAGAUGGAAAGAGGCUGUUAAACACCUCAGAUGGAGUUUAUUUAGUCAUUCCCAGGAUUUCAAGAGAAGAUGAAGGAUUUUAUUCUUGUGAUCUUUCAUAUAAAACAGGAAGCUAUGCUGUAAAUGUGUCUGUGAGCGUUCCCCAACUUUCCACCCAGCUGGACAGUGACAUUAAUCAAAGGAUUGCUGUCUGUCGGGCCAACUACACACAAAAGACAGCACCCACUCUUCACUGGGAACCUGCCCUGAACUUUUCCUCCAAUGUCAGCUCUAUCGAGAAGCAUGGCAGGUUUUUUACUGUGGAGAGUCGAGUAUAUCUGCCGGACAAUGUCACCAUCAGUGAGCUCACCUGUGUGGCCACAUACUCCUCCGAGUCCGGCUCGGUUCAGCACAAGAGCACACUUCAUCUUAAUCAAAAUCUAUCAAACAGAACACAAGAAAAUGACUUUUCUCCAUUGAUAAUUAUUGCCAUAUCAGUCGGAUCUCUUUGUUUUAUUCUUGUAUCUCUGGCCAUGGUUUACAUUCUCAGCAGAAAGCUUAGCGACUUAAGUGCACUGAAGAAGCUUUGCUGCAAAUCCAAAAUCUCGACAGCAGCUGAAGACAAACCACCCCAGCCCGCUGAUGUUGAAGAGGUGGAACCCUAUGCAAGUUACAUACAGAGAGUCAACUCCAUCUACAACUCCUCAGCUGAGCUCUUCAACGCCUGAGACACACUCGCUUUUCAUGAUGAAUCAGGAUACCAGAAGAGAGCUGAGGGCAAAGAUAUGUCUGUGGUCAAAAUUACACAUGAAAAAAAAUACUAGUGGAAAAAUAGUCAUCUCAAGAGAGCAUCCCCGAAGCAAACGGCGCCUGACUGAGAAGCAAAAGUCACACUGACUCAAAAGAUGAAAGGCGAUGACAAAGGAACGUUUCUCUAGUGUGUGAGCAGGAAUAACUGGGACAACUUCAGCGUCAGCGAUAUCACUAAUAUGUAGAUUUGUAGAAAACGGGCCUGGUUCGAUAUUAGUCAUCAGAACUAAUCAAAUUUGUACAUAAUUAUUUAUAUCAGAGUGUUAAAAGAAACAAAACCCAGCCGCAAACAAUGUUUUCCUUGAUAAAUACUAACAAUGUAGAGAACCUAUUGUACAUUGCACAUAAUUAGAAAUAUGUAAAUAAACUUUAUUAUUGUACUUUUCAGUA